AUGCUUGUCACCGGUCGGAGUCGGGUGUUCAUCCUUUGCGGGAUCUUCGCCACGUUCGUCCUUUUGUUGUUCGUCAUUUAUUCCAACUUUCCUGAGUUGGAUUUGGAGCAUCAGAAGGACUUUAAGUACCCAAGAAGUCUCGACGAAGCCAAGAGGCUUGGCCGAGUCUUACUGCACUACAGAGAUCGACAUAUGUUUGCCAUUUUCUUCGGUGUCGUUGUUGUAUACAUUAUGCUUCAAUCGUUUGCUAUACCGGGAUCGAUAUUCCUUACCAUAUUGUCAGGAUAUCUCUUCAAUUUUUUUGUUGCCUUACUUCUCGUGUGUACCUGUUCCGCCGUUGGAGCCUCAGUAUGCUAUCUUUUCUCUUAUAUAUUCGGUCGUGAGUUUGUGGUCCGUAAAUUCCCCGAUCGAGUGAGGCAAUGGCAGGGUGACAUCGCUAAACACCAAGAUGAUCUGCUCAGUUACAUAAUUUUCUUGCGAGUCACACCAUUCCUCCCUAACUGGUUCAUAAACAUUGCUAGUCCUGUUCUUAAUGUUCCGUUUUUCCAUUUCUUCGUAGGAACAUUCCUCGGUGUGGCUCCGCCAAGCUUUUUGUAUAUCCAAGCUGGUUCCACUCUGGAACAGAUGGUUCACACUAACGUAGCAUGGGAUUUCCAUUCUUUGUUCCUGUUGACAUUCUUUGCUGUUUUGUCCCUGAUACCAGUGUUUUGGAAGAAAUACAAAGCAAAACGAGCUUAA